AUGGGGGUGGUCCAGAGCUUGAAAGAGCUGGAGGCAACCUUCAACGGCAAUGUGUCUGCCAUGUACCCAUAUGUGAUCGUGAACAACGGUGACUUCUCCCCCUCCUUCAUGCAAGUGGUGGAACGCAGCGUCGCAGGCCGGUGCUUCUUCGGCAAGGUGCCCCAGGAGCACUGGUCCUACCCGGCCCACGUCAGCGCCGAAGCGGCCGCCAAGGCCCGCGCUCAGCAGGCGGCGGCCAAUGUUUUCCACGGGGAGUUGGAGAGCUACCACUUCAUGUGCCGGUACUUCUCCGGCUUCUUCAUGCACCACCCGCUCCUGCGCGGCUUCGACUACUACUGGCGGGUUGAGCCCAGCGUCCACUUCUACUGUCACCUCCAGCAAGACCCGUUCCUCACCAUGCAGGCAUGCGGAGAGGGGAGCAAACAGGCUGCAUAUGGCUGGAACAUUGUCAGGCUUGAGCUGAUGUCCACCAUCCCCUCCCUCUGGUCGACCGUGUUUCAGUUCCUCCGCGACAAUGCCACCCUCCUGCACCCCAACAAUGGCCUGGCAUCGGUGGCGCCAGGCUUCUCGCGGGUGUCGGUGACUGACCUCAGGGUGACAGAGCACACUGUACCAUACACGGGGUGCCACUACUGGAGCAACUUUGAGAUCGGCAGCCUGGCCUUCUUCCGCAGCGAAGCGUACCAGGCCUUCUUCGCGGCCUUGGAGAGGAGCGGCGGCUUCUUUUACGAGCGGUGGGGCGACGCGCCUGUGCACUCCCUGGCAGCCCUGGCGCUGCUGGACGCCCGCGCCGCCAUCCACUUCUUCGACGACAUCGGUUACCGGCAUGACGACGCCAUGCACUGCCCCCAGGCCCCGGACGCGGUGAGGCACUGCUCUUGCAUGCCCGCCGUGGACUUCAACCAGCACCAGAGCUACUGCAAAAGCCUGCAGCGCCAGGCGGGGCUGCUAGGGCAGUGA